AUGGCUACUUGCUAUCAAAAACAUCCCUUCGAAAUAGAAACGGAAGACAGAUUAACUACGAUAAAUUCAAAAAUAUUCGAAAUCAAGAAGAAAAUACAACUAUCAGAGGGUCAAAGAAAAUCACACUAUGAAGAAAAUGAAGCAGAGAAAAAGCAAAACAGUGACUUCAUAGAAACAUUAAAGAAUGAAAUAAAACUUAGACUGAAGGAACUGGCUCAAGCUAGAGAGAUUGUCACAGAAGAAGAAGCCAUGGUGAAGAAAUACUUAAACGCGGUUUGUCCUAUUGGUAAUAAAACUGCAGAUCAGCUAAUACAUAAUUUCGAUUUGAAAGUAAUUGAACAAAGAAAGUUAUUAGAUUUAUUAAAAUACGAGAAAGGCAGCAAGAAGAAGAAGUUGAAAGAUCUAGAGGUGGAAUACGAAAAACUUUUAAUAGAAAGCACUAAAAGUGAUUUGGUCAAAUCAAAAAUCUCCACCAGAGCAAGAAAGAAUGUAUCCCAUCUUGAAAACGAGAUACACAAAGUUCUGAUACAAUGGACUGAAGCGGAAUUGGUAAAGAAGAAAUAUACUUCAAUCAGGCAGGCCCUAGUAGAAGAUUCAGUAAAAUUUGAAAGCUCGCUGUCUAAAAUUGAAGAGGUCUUGAAGAAACAGAAAGAAGAAAUAAAACAGUUAGAGUUGGUCCGUGAAGAAGCAGCUGAAAUGCGUUUUCGUGCGACCGCGGCUACGGCUGCAGAAGCGGCUCGAGCACACGACGCUGAACACGGUCGAGCCAAUGAACGAGCCUAUUUCGCACAGAGGUUUGAAGAAAGGAAAAGGGAACUUGAGAAAUUGGAGAAGAGGAUUUUCCCGCCGGCUGUUCGUUCUGUGCGACAAGAAUCAAGAGGAUCUACAGAAGGAGAAGUGCCUACAGAGGAACAAUCAGCUGCUAACCAGAUGGAAGAAAUAUUCCAGAGAUUGAUGAAGCUAACAGGAGUUACGGAACCUGAGGAAGUGUUCGAUAGAUUCAAGUCCCAGCGAGAAACACAGAAGCGUCUGAACUACCUUCAACAAACAACUGAAGAAGAGAAACUUCUCCUGGAGGAAACACAGACAACACUCAUCUCUGAGCUUGAAGGAUACAAGUUUGCGUCCGUUAAGGAUAAGGAUGAGGGUCAAGAAGAAAUAAUGGAGUUAAAAAAACAAAUAGAAGAGGAAGAAAAACACUAUGCUGAAUUACAAAAAAAAUAUGACGACUUGGAAGGCUUUCUGUUGGAAAUCAAGAGAUUGUUAUAUGACCUGUGCAAAAUGUUGGAUAUUGUUGGAGAACCAGCUAUGCCAGAGUGGACAGCAGAGGCUCGAGAUAUUUCAGAAACUCUAAAUGUUUUAAGCGCGAGAUACUCUAUAGCCGCUACUAGGACGGCUGCCUUGCAGAAGAGAGAUCAACCCGUUGCUUCUAAUACUCCGAGUGGCCCACAGUCACUAGCUGGUGUAAGGUCACGAAGUCCCAGUACACCGAAAGACUCUGAGAAGGUUCUGCCGACGUACAAGGAAUUGGUGACCAGAGAACCUGUCAAACCCCCACCGUCUGAUGAAGAGGAGGACAUACCAUCGCGGUUCUACUUGAAACGCCAAGCCCAACUCAUUGUAGAUACAAAAUGCAGGAGGAAAGGAUUCCGUACACCUUAUCCAAGGAAAUAA